UGGAACAUCAUUGAGUGAAGGUGAAUCAGUGUUGACUCCUGGAACUUAAUAGAAGAAAACCGCGUAAUUAAACAUAAUAACUAUACAAAAAAAAAAGAAAUUUCAGAUUAUAUCUAGUAUUAGUGCAGAGUUAACUAUAGAUUACAGUACGUCUUCCCCGCUGAAGUUAUUGGACGUCGGGCCAAGGAACUAUAUAGUCUAUUUGAUUAGUGAUGAAGACUGGGGCAGAACGUUGCCAUACUGAUCUGAAGUUUCAACGAUCAAAAAUGGUAUUAAAUCUACCUGAAAUAACCUUUGAUUGAAUCACGAGAUCAAGAUUUUCAUCUAUGUAGCAGAAGUCACAACUAUGGAUGUUGUAAGCGUUGGAAAUAUCUGCAGUAAUCCACACAAGCUGUACCAGCCAUGCAAGUUGUGGAUUCAGAACCAAUGCCCCAGGCUCCCAAUAUCAUGUGUUUAUAUCCAUAGUUACUUUUGCCCAGAUAAAGAGUCCUGUAAGAGAGAAUUUUGCACACUUUUGCACCAUAACUUGGAAAACACGCAGUCAGAUAGCAGUAAAAAGAAUGGUGGUCACGAAGCAUCUCCGCAGAGCUGUAAUGCUAAAGAAGCCAAGAAAAAGGGUUUUACUAAGUCCAGGCCUCCUGAAUUGAUUAUUAUUGAUGACAAUGACAAAAUACGUAUAAGCAGUCCUUCACCUACAUUUGAUGAUGAAUUAUGUCAGGAACUUGAAGAAAUAGGAGAGGAACUAGACAGAUUCACAGAAGAAACUGUUGGCAAUUCAGACUUCACCAGAAGCAAGGAAUUUCAAAUUUUAUGUAACAGAGAUGGGGUGGAAUCCAAUAAGAAUGCAGAUCUCAAAAGAAAACCAGCUGAAAGAAGAAAAUCACCCUCUAAAUUUGAUUUUUUUAGUUGUCUGGCCAGCAAAGAAGAAAAUGCUUUCAAUCCUCAAAAGUGGUUGGAUGAUUUCUGUUUUAAGCCUUCUGAGAAACCAGUAGACAGAGAGAGUUACAACAUAGAGACCGUGAGCAGAAUUAGAUCUGAGGUUGGUCAGAGUGAAAAAGAAAUUGAAGAUGAUUCUGCAAAGGCCAAAUUGUUGCUUAAGCAGAAGUCACAGUUAAUGAAAAAUGCUAAAUUUUUAAUUGAUCAAAAAAAGCUAUUAACCACUGAAAGAGAUAAUGUUAUAAAACGGGUCAAGGGAGGUUCAGUAAAUCAGUCAAAAAUCUCAAGAGUCUUGGAUGAAAAUGCUCGUCUAACAAAGGAGUUAUCUGCUCAUUUGCAAAGUAUCACCACAAAUAUUCAGAAAAUAAAUGAAAAAAUUGGCCAUAUAGCAAAAAAAAAUGAAAGAAAAGUAGAAUCUGUCCCAGUUAAUUUAUCAAGGGAAAAGGAAGUGUUAUUAUCUAAUCACGGGUCAGAAGCGAAACAGAACCUAAAAACCAAGGAGAUAUUUGACAAGAUAACAAAUAGUUUACAAGGCCAAGAAUUUUCCCCCAAUAGAAAACAAGCUUCAGGUAAAACAGAAGAAGCAAAGGUUAAAUCACCAGAUUCAGAACAUAGGAUCUGGGAAAACACACCCCAGCACACUGACCAGAACCACAAUGUAUCUCCACAAGGAACCUGCAGCAGUAACGGAGAUCAGGUCCAAGGAGAAACGGCCAAAGAAAAACAAGAUGUGAUUAAUGAAGAAACAAGCAGUACCCUUCAAAGUUAUGGAUCAGAAGGAGAAGAGAAUGUAAGCAAUGAAGGAAACACCACAAGCAGUAACAAAUUCUCCAAUGAUGAGAGAAAAAUUGUGUCCUGUGGAAGCAGCCACACCACAGAAACAGAAAUAUCCCAAAAUAGUGUCUUAGCCAAAGACAAAUUCGCCCCCAAGGCAAAAGGAAUUGAAGUAAAGGCGAAUAGAUCUUCAAAGGAUAAAAAUACAUACUGGUGCAAAAAGUGUAAUGCAUUCUAUACUUCAGUCUAUGGUUAUGUAGAACAUUUGGAGUCGACAUCACACUUCGAAAAUGUUAAGAAUGGCAGUCAAACUCUAGGCAGAAUUACUGGGAACGGAUGUAAAGAAAAUGACGGAGUUAGUGAUGCGCUACCACAAGGAGUGGAAUUUCUUCAUUCAACAACAGUCUUCUUUUGUGAACUCUGCAGUCAGGUUAUGUAUGAUAAAGAUGAGGCUAUCCUCCAUCCACAAAAGUCACAACACCUGAUGAAAUACAAAGAGCACAUUCAAGUAAAUGUCACACAGGAAAUCCAGUUCAUGAAAGAAAAGAUGUCAGCGCUUACGGAAUACUGCAAAAAGAGACAAGUGAAGGUAGUCAAGAAUGCAUCUGUUGUCAUCACAGACUGCCCUACAGAGUCUUCCAAGUCAUGCACAGGCUCCCCUGAUAAGGAGACAAAUAAUUUGGACAGCAGCAGUAGCACCAAACGCAAGCUCACCAAUGAACAGAGUGAACAUAAUAAAAAGAAUCGAGCGGGAAGAUAGUCUAGUCUUUUAUGAAAGGAUCUGAUUGAUUGAUUUUCUUCUUCUUCUUCUUCUUCUUCUUCUUCUUCUUCUUUAUCUUCUUCUUUCCUCCUCCUCCUCCUCCAGUUUCUCUUUUCUAGUGUGAUAUUUGAGCUUUACAGCAUGGUAUCUCUGAUUAUUCUAUCUAAUUCAGUAAGAAGAUAAGUUCUGUUCAUUCCCUUGUAUAUAUCUUAUGUGUACAAUAUUUUUAUAUACAGAGAGAAUCAGUGUUUAUGUUGUUUUUUUUACUGUGUACAAGUAUAUGAAGCCUGUGAUAUAUUCAUCUUUAUGAAUUGUGUAUACAAGAUUACUGGAAGCUAGACUAAAGUAAAUACUCUGUCUGUCCGUAGUUGAAAAAAAAAACACAUUGUCUUGGAUUUUUAAAUAAACAUUCAGAUUUUUACACCUCAGCAUGUAACCAGAAAUAACUCAUAAAUAUGUGUUUAAUUUAACAGUUACGAUAGCAUUGUUGUACAGUCACAUGACUUUACAUUUACAAGUGACUGAUUAUUGAAUAUAAGAGCUUUUACAGUGUGAAUUAUUUGAUAUAAUUUCUGGUAUUUUUAUAAAAAAAAAUUUUUUUUUACCUAUCUAUAUUUUUCACAUUUGGUAAUAAAGUACUUAAUACUUAAUAAAAGGAAGAACCAUU